AUGGGGUGUGUUUAUUUGACAUCAAGCAGCGAGAACAUAGGGUCAUCAGCGGCAAGCAGCAGUACUGGGAAGGGUCAAUUUUCAGAGGGAGAAAGUGGGAGCAUCGACGAGUCAUAUCCUAAUGGGCAAGUCUUGGGAAUACCCAACUUGAAAAAAUUUAGAUUUGCGGAUUUCAUGACUGCCACUAAGAAUUUCGAGUCAGAUACUUUGUUGGGCAAGGAAGGCUUUGGGAAAGGUGCUGGAGUGGGGGUUUCUAUCAAGAAAUCGAACCCAGAAAGUUUGCAAGGUUUCCAAGAGUGGCAGCAUACACAGGAAAUUGAGGUUCCACUUUGCUUCACAUGCUCUGUUGCAAUUGAACCCAAAUACACCAAUGAAGGGAAAGAUAUGUGGUUUUUCAGCUAUUGGAGCAGCCGAUCAGGUUGGGGCAUGGAUUACUUGCACACUUCUGAAAAGAAAGCCAUAUACAGAGAUUUUAAGGUCUCAGAUAUCCUGCUUGAUGGCCCGAUGAUGUUUGUAUUUCUUUAA